ACGCGCUCCUUCUCUGCUCAUUCAUUGGCUACCGUUAUUGUCUCGUUUUCCUCUGGAGCUCAUGACUUAAUCUGAUCGGCUAUUGGCUAAGCCUCUUCUGGUAGGCGGGGUUACUCCGCUCUGCAGCGGCCGUUGAUUGGAUGAUCACUAACGCGGGAGAUUGUGUUUGCGUCGUGGAGUAUGUUGGGUGUUAUCGCCGAUGCAUAACAUGGAUGUAGGGGGCGACAGUGAGGCUCCUGUGACGUUCCCGUUCCCCUUCCCACCUUACCCUAUCCAGGAGCAGUUCAUGGGCGAGCUUUAUCGGGUGCUGGAAGCCGGGAAAGUUGGGAUAUUUGAGAGCCCCACGGGAACGGGUAAGUCGCUGAGUCUGAUCUGUGGUUCGCUUUCUUGGCUGCGGGACUUUGAGGAGAAGCGGCGCCAGGAGGAGGCCCUGGUGUUGGCAGCGGAAGAGACAGAAGACAAUGAGGAAAAAAAGACUGACGGGGCCUCCUCCUCUGUGACGGAGCCCGACUGGAUCACACAGUUCGUACAGAAGAAAGAGGAGAUGGACAUAAAGAACAGGAUAAAGGAGGAUCAGCUGCGGAGGAAGAAAAGAGAAGAGAAGCUGGAGCAGAUGAGACGCAAUGUUCAGCUGAAGUUCGCUUCCAAGAGAAAGAGGGAAGAUGAUGAUGAGACUGUUCGUCUUCUGAAGCUCAGUCAGCAGAUCCUGUCCCCUGAAGGAGACGGUGGCCCUAUCCUGGAACAAGGAGAGGAGGAGCUGGUUCUGGCGGAGUACGAGAGUGACGAGGAGACAAAGAAAGGCGUACAGCUGGAUGACGAGGACGAUUUUGAAGAAGAGCAUGUGACUAAGAUUUAUUACUGCAGCCGCACUCACUCCCAACUCUCCCAGUUUGUCCACGAAUUACAGAAAAGCCCCUUCAGGAAAGAGACCAAGCUGGUGUCAUUGGGGUCUCGGCAGAACAUGUGCGUGAACGAAGACGUGAGGCGCCUGGGCAGUGUCCAGCUCAUCAACGAUCGCUGCAUGGAGAUGCAAAAGAACAAGCACGAUAAGAAGAGCGAGGAGCCGGAGGGGAAGAAGAAGCGCGGCGGCCGGCUCACGUGUCCGUUCUACGCUUAUGACCAAAUGCAAUUUUUGCGGGAGGAAAUUCUGGUGGAGGUGAAAGACAUCGAGCAGCUGGUGUCUCAGGCUCGAGAGGUGAAAGCCUGCCCGUACUAUGCCAGCCGCUACGCCAUACCCGCUGCUCAGCUGGUGGUCCUACCCUACCAAAUGCUCCUCCAUGAUUUCACCAGACGGGCGUCGGGCAUCAAGCUGAAGGAUCAGGUGGUGAUCAUCGAUGAAGCUCAUAACCUGAUCGACACCAUAACCGGCAUGUACAGCUCCCAGGUGACCGGGGCCCAGUUGUGUCAGGCGUUCUCCCAGCUGGCGCAGUACAUGGAGCGAUACAGGAGUCGACUGAAGGCGAAGAAUCUGAUGUACAUAAAGCAGAUCCUGUUCCUGCUGGAGAAGUUUGUGGUCGCGCUUGGAGGUAACGUCAAGCAGAACCCAAACUUCCAGAAAGUAUCUCAGCCAGGUACAACACUGAAGUCCAUCAAUGAUUUCCUCUUCUACAGUCAGGUGGACAAUAUCAAUCUCUUCAAGGUCCAUAGAUAUUGUACGAAAAGCAUGAUCGGCAGAAAGUUGUUCGGCUUCACUGAGAAGUUUGGAGGGACGGCUGUGAUCAUCCCGGCGAAGGAAGCUCCCAAAAGUGGAGGACUGCAGCAAUUUCUACAAAAUCUGAAUCAGAAGAGCCAGGGAGAAGGGGCGGCCGAUGGUUUACAAGAGAACGGCCCCGCGCGGAGCGCAUCCCCCCUCAUGCAGAUCGAAAGCUUCCUCUUUGCAUUGACCAACGCUAACAAAGAUGGCCGAGUCCUGGUGCAGCUACAAGGUACCGUGGCGCAGAGCAGUCUGAAGUUCCUCAUGCUGAACCCAGCUGUGCAUUUCGCCCAAGUCCUGAAGGACUGUCGUUCUGUGAUCAUCGCUGGAGGGACCAUGCAGCCGGUUGCGGACUUUAAGCAGCAGCUCCUGGCAGCGGCCGGACUCCAGCCGGACAGAAUAGUCGAGUUCUCCUGCGGUCAUGUGAUCCCACCAGAAAAUAUCCUACCCAUAGUGCUUUGCAACGGGCCGACAAACCAACAGCUGGAAUUCACCUAUGAGAAGAGAGGGUUGCCCGAUACGAUGGAUGAAACCGGUCGGAUUCUCACAAACUUAUGUAACGUGGUCCCAGGGGGUCUCGUCUGCUUCUUCCCUUCCUACGAGUACGAGAGGCUGAUCCUGGAUCGCUGGGAGAAGAGCGGCCUGCUGAAGCGUCUGGCAGCGAAGAAGAAGAUCUUUCAGGAGCCAAAGAAAGCCUCUCAGGUGGACCAAGUGCUGUCUGACUACUCCAGGUGCAUUAAGCUCUCGGGCCAGUCCCCCGGACCCCUGACCGGUGCGCUGCUCUUUUCGGUGGUGGGAGGAAAAAUGAGCGAAGGGAUAAACUUUUCCGACGACUUGGGCCGGUGCGUAGUGAUGGUGGGAAUGCCGUACCCCAACAUCCGCUCCCCCGAGCUCCAGGAGAAGAUGUCCUAUCUGGAUCACACUCUGCCCAAGACCAAUGGCGUUUCCCCAGGCAAGGUCCUUAUAGAGAAUCUGUGUAUGAAGGCCGUCAAUCAGUCUAUAGGAAGAGCCAUUCGGCACCGCGGUGACUUCGCCACCAUCCUCCUCCUAGACCACAGAUACUCAAGGCCGACCGUACUGGGGAAGCUUCCUCAGUGGAUCCGCAGCAGCACAGAGGUCAAGCAAUCCUUCGGAGCAGCGUAUGCAUCAAUACGGAAAUUUUUUCAGAUUAAGAAGACGGCGGCGGCGCCAUCAUGAGGCGACUUCAGACGACAGAAGAUUUUCAUAAAUUCCCACGUUAUUUAUUACAAUAGGAUUUUUACAAUUUUGUUACACAAGUAAAUAUUGUCAGGUAUGA